CCGCCCCGCCCCGCCCAGCCACCACCUGCCUACCCCUCCCUCCCUCCCUCUCCUCCUCUUUUUCCUCUUGCCCCCUCUUCCUUCUCCCUGCUCCUUCCUCCCCCCCCCCUGCUACUCUCCCUCCACUUGCCCUGUUGAGACCGCCCGCCCCGCGGCCAAAGAGAAGAGACACGCCCAAGCUACACCAUGAGCAACGAGCUCCAGCGACUUGUUGGUCGGAAUAUUUUCGUGAUGACCUGCGAGGGAAGGGUCCUGAUCGGAAAACUCCGCGGUGUAGACACGGUCAUGAAUCUCACCAUGUCGGACCUGCGGGAACGUCUCUUCCGUGGCUCAGGCUUGCCGCCGGCCGAAGGGGCUGGUGAGACCUUCAUGGCCGAGCCGGCCGCCGAGGGCGAGGGUGUUGAGGAGAUUUCCCUCGGGACGAUGGUCGUCCGCGGAGACAAUGUCGCGGUUGUCGGUGAAAUCGAUGAAGAUAUCGAGAGCCAGAUCGACUGGUCGUCAGUGGCCGCACUACCACUUCCGCCCAUCAAGCACUAGAGCCGCCACACAAUUCUCCCCCCGCCCACACUCCAGCGCGCGGCCGCGCUCGCCCUUGCCUUUCCUGCCUUUGUGCCGCCCGUCCAUGUACACAUGUUUCCCUCCGCCCCGGCCCCCCCUCCCGCC